UGUGAAUUUUAGUUUUUUUCUCUGGGAAAACAUACAGUUUCUGUUCGCUGCUUGUCAUCGAAAUUUUCUCAGUCAUUUGGCAGUCCGCAAAACGUUCUCUCAGGCCCCCACCAUGAAGCGUCACAAUGCCCGGGCCAUACGUGCCGCGGCCGCCGCCGCCGGUGUGCCAUCAAAUGCGGAACGGCAAACAAAGUCGCUGCCGAAGCUCGUGCACUCCGAAGCGAGUGUGAAGGGUCCCGUUCUCUAUGUGGAUGUGGUGAAGAAUAUGCCCAAGGGCAAGCAUGCAACGGUCGAGCACUCUCCGCAAAUCUCGCCACCAGAGUUCAGCCUUUUCCGCGAGGACUUUCCGGCACUGCCAGGCGGGCGUCGCGCAUCGGUGACCUCUGUGCCCGACGACUGGACGAGCAUGAUCAGCGACGACGAAGAGCUCGUGGUAAAUGUUCCGAAGACCCCGAACAUAGCCUCGUCCCCCACUGAGAAGAGCUCUGAGGAAGAUCUGGUGGCAGAUGAACCGAAAUCCGUGUACAGUCUGGUCUCUGCAGCAGAGCAAUUGUCUUUGUCCAGCGAACCAGAGGUUGAACCCAAUAAGUGCGAGCUCAAGAAGGAGUCGCCCAAGGAGGAGUCGCCCAAGGAGGAGUCGCCCAAGGAUGAGUCGCCCAAGGAGGAGUCGCCCAAGGCUGCUCUACCGGAAAGUGACUCCAGCAGCCCCCGCAGCUCCUGCUUCGAACUCAAUGGCAACUGCAUCGACUACUUCCCCGUAAGCGCCAGCUGUGUGCCGGAACCCGUAGCGUCGGAGCUGCUUUGCGAAGUCAGCGUCAUAUUUUCCAAGCAGUUCAUGCAGGAGGGAGUGCGACAGCGCGCCAUGAAGGGUUCUUAUCGUCAGCUGGCUCCAGCUGCCCCAGGCGGAGUGGAGGAGACCAAGAUUCGCGCCUCCCUCAAGACACAUUUCACGGGCUUUCCCGUGGGCGGUGUGAACUUUGAACGCGAGGUGCCAGCCAGAAGCUCUGCGCCCCAUGGAUCCGGAAUGGCAGGAGUCUACGGCCUGUUGGGACUGGCGGGAAGGCUGGGCGUAGCCCAAGAUGAUCCCGACAUUAUACCCAUGAUCUAUGGAGAAGACGAUCUAAUGAGCAUGGGGAACAACUUCCCUAACGACGGCUCCCGCAACCUGCACUCAGCCGUUGCUGUGCCAUUCCAGGGCUUUUCCUGUGGCCUCAAUGACGGCAGCUUCAAUGUGCCACCGGAACGUCGAAUGGCCAGCCGACUCGGCCUGGAGCAGCCCAAAAUGUCGCAGAUGCAGGAGGAGCUGCUGUUUUACUACUUCUACAACUGCCCCGGCGACAUGCUGCAGAUGUUGGCCGCCGCCGAGCUGGCCGAUCGCAAUUGGCGCUACCACAUGUACGAGUGCCUCUGGCUACGCCGACAGACGGAUAAUCCCAACUACGUUUACGUCGGCUUCCAGGAGUCCGGCGAGUACCAUUACUUCAACAAGUUCCAAUGGGUGAUUCAGCGUCGUUACUUUUACCUGGACCCCGACCAAAUAGAGCGCACGCUCUCCAAGGAGGAAUUGUUCGAGAAAUACGGCUACCAUCCACAGAUGUAGGGCAGGCACAGGCCUACACACAGAUGACACUUCCACGAUGGGCUAACACACACUCAGCGGGCAGCACCACUUGGGGAAAACACAUUUACACUGGCUCACAUUUAAGUCUUGCUGGAACUUAAAUAUUUGUCAACUUAUCUGCGAUAUUUACACACAAAACACACACAAUUAUUUGGCACCCUUUACAUGCACAUGCAAAGGGUAAUAUGUUAGGAAUAAAUACAAAUGUAACAUCUAGA